UUCAGUUGAUUGACAGAAAUAAUAAUGUUAGUAGCAAUUUCUAAAAAUCGAUUUCGGGAAUGGAAUAAAGAUUAUGUAAUUUUUCCAGAGGUAAUUGAGGGGAAAAUAAAUACUGAAAAAUUUCUUGACGCUUCACAACAACUUGUACAAUUAAUUGAUAAAUUCGGAAAAUUAUUUGCACCCAUGAAAUAUGACAUGCAACAAAACAUUAACAAAUUAAACGUAAAGUAUAAUAUCGACAGAGAUAAUCAUUCCACUUUACAAGAUAUGAUUUUAAUUGAAAAGACUUCCGAAAAUAAUAAAAUCGCUACUGAAGCUUUAUUAUGGUUAAGAAGAGGAUUGUAUAUGAUACAAUUAUUUUUUGAAAAAAUUGUGCAAGACUAUAAAUCUGGCCAAAUUACUGAAGAUUUAGUAGCUUGCUUAAAAAAAUCAUAUAAAGAAGCUUUAGAACCAUACCAUGGAUGGAUGGCACAACAAUUGUUUGGUCUUCUUGCACGAAUGGUUCCAACAAGAACUCAAUUAUUGCAAGUUCUUACAAACGGAAAUGAAGAAAAAGAAAAUGAAGUUUUACAAAAUAUAGAUGAACUUUGCAAAGGAUUAAAAAUUAAUAUAUUAUAUUUACAAAUAUUCUAUGAUUUACAUCAUUUAAAUAAUCAUGAACGUGUGUAACUUAGAAUU